AUGGAUACCUCCCGUUCCUCAGAACACGCUCCUUGCCUCCCAUCCCAUCCUGAACGAUGGAGAAACAUCUUGCAUCCAGACGCCGCACACGACUUACAUAAUUCCCACCGCGCUAUCAUCGCACAUGUUCCCGCCACCCCAGACGGUCGGGUCACUUCCAAUACCACCCUCAAGCAAAAGGAGGCCAUUAUUUCCGUAAACGGGUCUUCUUCUGGUGGCGAGCGAACGUACUUCUCCAUAUACGAUCCUGAUGGGACUCGACCACAUCCCCGACCUAAAAGAUAUGGUUGUCCUCAGUGUACGAAGAUGUUCGAUAGGCCUAGCGCUAGGGAUUUGCAUAUCCUAGUGCACACUGGCGAAAAACCCCAUGAGUGUUCUCUGUGUGAGAGGAGGUUUUCGACUGUCAGUAACCGGAACAGGCAUAUGCGU